UGUAGUGCCAGAUGUGAGUGCGCGCUUCCACGAGCACCGUUAAAUCGUGCCUUGUCACGAAACUCGAAAUGUUUCAUAAAACUGUACCGAAGUUUUGUAUUCGACACUUAUGAAUAAUUGAAAUUUUCACACUAGUUAUCUACAACAAUCUCAAUCAAAUUUUCGCGGUGUUUUAAGCUUGAAGUGCGUUUGUUAAAUCGCAUAUAUCGCGUCGCAUGUGCCUGGUGGCAUUCCGGAAAGAGUACAAUUCCAUCUUCGACGUAGAAUUGAUUUUUUAACUCUGUUAGAAGCAUAAACGAAAUUUACGUAAAUAUAACGAUAGAUUUCCAAGUACUGACAUGCCGCUUCUUCGUAAGCAACCGUUCCAACGACUUCAUGUCUCCUCAGACUUUAAAGAUGAUGAUGAAGUUUUUCAUUGUGAGGUUACCAAUGAAAUUUUCAAGGACUACAAUGAAUUCUGUGAGAGAAUUAUUUUGUGCAAUUCACUUAUAUGGUCAUGCAGUAUAACUGGUAGAACCAACAUGACCUUCGAAGAAGCUUUACAAUGUGAAGAAAAUGCAAAAAGGAGUCUUAAAGAGUUUCCAAUGGAGUUACGUAUUCCUAUACUAUAUCUUGCCAGUAAAACAAAUAGAUCUUCUUUUAAUGACAUGAUAGAAGAUGUAUAUCAGUUUGCAAGAGAACGCUAUUUUGUAGGAGAAAUGGUAGAAGCAAGCUUUACCGAAGAUUCUUGGUGUGAUUGUCAUGUUCUUCAAGUUAUUGCACCUUCAGAACAGCAAAUUAAAUUAUUUGCUAAAGAAAACAAUAGGAAUUUACAAGAGCAACAAUAUCAUCCACCAGCAAAUUUGUUUCGUUAUGAAGUAGAACAAUUAGAUUGUGGAGAAUCUGAUAUUAGUCAGCUUAUGAUAGUGGAGGCAGAACAAGUAAGAAGGAGGAAACAACAUUACAGUAGAGAACGUAAUAAAAUAUUCUUACGUCAGUUAUGUGAACAAAAUGAAAGUGGUAUAUGGGUUGUGAAAGAUAGUGUUUUACAAAAAUAUGGAAUCAGUAAAGUACGUUUUGACACUAUAUUUGCUGGCCCACCACCAGACUUUACAUCACGUGUUAAAAAAUAUGUAAGACACAAGCAAGAAUCAAUUGAUAAAUUUCUUACAUCAGAUAUAUCAAAACAAAAGUCAAUAGAAAAGCCAGAUCCUCUCAAGAAAGUAAAUCAAGGUGGAGUGGAUAUAAAAAAAUUUCGAAAACCGAGAAUGAAUGGAAAAUUUAAAGAGGAACGUAAGGCAAAAGCUCUUGAAGAGAAAGCAAAACGGAAAGAAGAACGAGUUCUUAAAAGUGAACGUAAAAAGGAAGAAAAACAAAAAUUAGCUGCUUUAGCUGCAUAUAUGAGGCAAUGGAAUAAACCAAGGGAAGAUCUCGAAUGUGAAGAUCUUUCUGUUCUCCCACAACCCACCCCAGUUAAGAGUAGUAUACCUAAUGAGAAAUUUGGUGAUUCCAUAAUGAUUCUAGAAUUUCUAGAAUUUUUUAGCGAUGAAUUAGAAGUUACUACAUAUUUUCCAAAUAGUUUUACAUUAGAUUUGUUGGAAAAGGCAUUGUUGGUCAAAGAAACAUCUGGACCAUGGAGCGACCUCUUACAGUUGCUCCUAUCAAAUAUAUUUAAGUAUCAAGCAGAUGAAGAAGAUGAAAUCCAUGCUCAAGCAUCUGAUUUAUUAAAUGAUACUAGUAUGUAUGAAGGAGUAACUUCGAUGACAAAAGCUGUGAAACUUGCUACAAUAGCAUCUAGCUGGAGUCAAAUGUAUCAAGGGUGCAAAUUGUCUGAAAUGACAUUGGAUCAUGUGACUUUGAGUGAGAUUUUGAGACAACAUUUACUAAGUUCCGGUGGACGAAUAGGUGAAGUUGCUUCAAAAUGGAGAUAUUCUCAAAGAGGAGGAUAUACAAAUCAAGAUGAUCCCGCUCUUUUAAUGAGAAUAAAGGAGGCAUAUAUUUUAAGAUUAUUGGGACAUCGUAACGUACAUGAAUUUGAUUUGGACGAAAAAUUGAAAGUGGCGACGUGUCUAAUUCAUCAGUUACUUACAUUUGCUUCAAUACAAGAUGUAAUUGAAGAGAGACACGAAAAACUUCAUCAAGCAAAAAAAGAAUUGAAAUCGUUUUUGAUAGCUGAACAAAAAAAAGAAAAGAAAGAAAAAGAAGAAAAGGAAAAAAUGAGUAAUGAGAAAGAUAAAGAAAGUAAAAAGCCAAAGAAAAUUACACGUAGUAACUGUGAAGAAGUGAAAAAGAAAGAAGAACAUGAAAACAAAUUAAAAGAACUUCAACAAGCAUCUAGGGAUGAUAAAAUGAUGGUUUACUUAGGUUCUGAUAGAGCCCAUCGUAGAUACUGGAGAUUUUUAUCGAUACCAGGAAUAUUUGUAGAAAACGAUGAGUGGUGGCCCGGUAUUUGUCUCCCAGAAGGUACACCUUAUCAACCGGAAUUAAAAGACAGAGAAUCAACGUACGCAUAUUUAAGAAAUAAAUUUGAAGAUGAAUUUAGCGACAAAGAAAAUAGUUUUAAGAAAGCGAAGAAAUCUCCUAAGAAAGUUACAUUUUCUGAAAAGAAUGGUCUUAAAUCUCCAAGGAAAGAUACAUCUCGAAAAGAAUUUAAACAAGAAUUAUCUAAUAUCAGAAAAAGCUUAUUAGCUUGCACAGGAGAUAAAGAAUGUCCAGUUCACUGCAAAAGGCUUGGACCAAAGUGGAGCUUCUAUGGAAAACCAGAAGAUAUAGAAACUUUAGUGAACGGUUUAAAUAAACGAGGAAUCAGAGAAGGUGAACUCAGAAAUAACAUUUUACAAGAAAUGACAAGUCUAAUGUCUGUGAUCGAAGAAUGUCCUAGACAUAAACUUAAUCCAGAAGUUUUUUCAGAACCUAUUAAAGUACCUAUUAACAAAACUACAAAGAAAAAUAAAUAUGAAAACGCUAAUUUAAAUUUCCCUUCCGAAACGUCAGUCGACGACGUUUUAGAAUUAACGUUAAGAGAUUAUAUUCUAGAUUUUGAAGAUAAAAUGAAAUCAGCUUGCUUGGGACAUUUAAAGGUUAACGAUCGAGAAGCAUGGAGAAAAGCAAUUAACAAUAGGAGUUACGACAAACAGUGUGAUAGACUAAUAUAUGGUACAAACGAGAUUGAAAUAGAUAUUGCUACUAAUAUAACGUUAGAUAAAGUGAAAAAUGAAGCUAAGCAUAGUAGGCCAGGUACUCCCGAUUCAGAGGCUGGAAGUAUUAAUAUAAAAACUUACAAAGAUCCAGGAAAGUACUUAGGACCACCAAGUGAGACUGAAGUACUCUCAGAUCCUAAGCAACAGACAGUCAUUAAACAGAUGGCUUGUGCUAUUUUGCAAUUAUCACAUGCUAUAGAACAAAAGUACUUACAAGAACCAUUAUGGGGCGAUGAAAAAGAUAAAAAGUCAACAAGCGAAGAAACUAAAGAAAGAUGGGAGCAAUCUCUUAUGGCGUCAACAAGUUGGUCUCAGUUAUUUUUACAUUUGAGUACUUUGGAAAAUAGCGUCGCAUGGGAUAGAAGUGCACUUCAUGCACAGUGUCGUGUAUGUAGACGACGCGGAGACGCCGAGAAAAUGCUACUCUGCGACGGGUGUAACAAGGGCCAUCACUUAUAUUGUUUAAAACCAAAACUAAGCACUGUACCAGAAGGAGAUUGGUACUGUAAAGUAUGCAAACCACCGAUAAAAUCAAAAGAAAAACUUAAGCAACGUAAGAAAUUUGAGGAGGAAUUGGAAGAAGAAGUAAUUUUAACUAAAGAAACUCGACAUAAUCGUGCAAAGCGUAUUCUUGAAAGUGAAGGAGAAGAAGAACGAGACGAUGAUGAACUGGAAGAAGAUAGUGAUAUGGACAUAAGCAGUCAACAAGUAAAUGUAUGCACUGCAUGUAGAAGCGGUGGAAAAUUAAUCAGUUGCGACGCAUGUUCAAGUUAUUAUCACAUAGAGUGCAUAGAACCUCCCAUAGCGAGAGCACCUCGUGGGAAAUGGUCUUGUUCAGAUUGCAAAGACAGAAGAGAUAAACGGACGAAUACUAAAUAUGUGAGGGGGCGAGAAAGGGAAAGAGACAAGGAGAGGCAGUGCGCUGCAGCAGCACGCUCUCGCAUCCAUGGCUUUGCCAAGAGCCUCCUCACUACAGAAUCUACAGACUGGGACGACAGUAGCACUUCAGAAGAUACAGAACCAAGGAAAACAAGACGAGCAACUAAAAGAGCUAUAGAGGAACAAGAAGAUAAAGGCAUGGGAGGUCUACAGGAAUUAUUAACAGAUAUUAUGCACCAUAGAGAUUCUUGGCCUUUCCUAUCACCUGUUACAAAAGACGAAGUUCCAGAUUAUCACGAUAUUAUUUCCAAACCCAUGGAUUUUGGUACAAUUAAAUGUAAACUUAAUAAUAGAGAAUACGAAACAUCAGAACAAUUUUUCAACGAUUGUCAUUUAGUGUUUCAAAAUUGUCAAGCUUACAACGAAGAACACAGUUCUGUAUACAAUUACGUAUACAGAGCAGGUAUGAGGUUACUGAAAUACUUUGAGAAACGGUGCAAGGAACUUGGAUUAAAUUGCGGCGAAGAACAAUUACGUCCGACGAGUGCGAAGAAACCAAAACUUGAAGAAAAUGGUCUCGUUGAUAGCGACGAUGAAGAUACAGAAGAAAUUCGAAAGUCAAGAUAGAAACAAAGUACUUUUUCCAACAACGUUCUAUUUAUUGAAUAUUAACUUUUAUUCUUAAUACGUAAAUGUACCUUAAAACUGGAUAUGGAUUUAUAUACCGCGGUAUCGAGCACUAUAUAUAGAUUCAUGAUUCAAUGGAAGAAACUUUGUAAAGUAUAUAAUACUGAAAAAAUUUCGUUUACUAAAAUUUACAAAGUGCUAUACAGAAUUUAUAAAAUUAUUCAGUUGAAACAGGUGAUAAAAUGCAAGCUUAAAAGUGUUCAAAAUAUUUUCUCCUUCGUUACUUAUCAAAUAUCCCAAUCAAUAUCUUUUUAGGCUUGCUGUAAUAAAAUACGCGUACACAGUAUUAUUUGUAGAAUUUUAUCCAUGUUUAUAAGUGCUCUCGUAUAUUUUUAGAUAUUUGAAAACAGAGCAUUUUAUAAAUAUAAGUAAAUCAGCGCGUAAGCGAUUUCGUUUGCUUGAAUCAGUACAAGAUUAGUCUUUUUUGAGUUAGUAAUACUAAAAUUUUUUUGUUAUCGAACAAGUUUUUUUACGUUAUAUUAAUAAUUAUUUAUUAUUUUAAGAUUAUUCAUUUCAUUGCAUUUUAUGUAUUCUUUCACUGCAAAUAAUAUCGGAGGUCACCCAACUGAAUCGUUUAAGCUUUGACUCGUGCUAAAUCGAAAUACAUGUAAAGUAUCGUUUUUUUUAAUAGUGUAUUUAUAGUACACGACACGCGAUAGAACAUAAUACGACUGAUGAUUUAAGAAUUAAUACUUGCGUAAUAAAACUUUUUUAUUAUAAAUGCAAAAAAAAAA